AUGACCCCUCAGCCGGGCAGCCGUUAGCAGCGCCGCCGCCGCCGCCCCCUCCUUCCCUCCGUCCUCCCUCCCUCUGUCCCGGCCAUGGAGGACGCGGGAGCCUCGCCCUCCGACCCCCAGGUCAGCCUCUUAACAAGCUCCGACCUACGAACUCGAGUUCUCCAAUUUGUAGAAGAGAGGAUUCAGACAACUAUGUUAACCGGGAUAGCCAUUGGCGCAGCGGUGGCCUUGUCGCUGAUUGGGAUCGUGGUGUAUUUUGUGUACAAGAAGGUGAAGGAAUCGAAACAAUCUCAGGCACACGUGCCCCAGUACAGAUUUCGCAAGAGGGACAAAGUGAUGUUCUAUGGCCGUAAGAUCAUGCGGAAGGUGGUCACUCUACCAAACUCGCUGGUCGGCAACGCGAUGCCUCGUCAGCGGAUGCGGAAAAGGGCCAAGGUGCUGUCCUUGGCAAAGAGGAUUCUGCGCUUCAAGAAGGAAUCUCCCAUCCUGCAGCCCAAGGACCCACCUCCCUCCCUGCUGGAAGCCGAUUUAACGGAAUUUGACGUCAAGAGCUCCCACCUGCCUUCUGAAGUUCUUUACAUGCUUAAAAAUGUCCGGGUCCUCGGUCACUUUGAGAAGCCCCUUUUCCUGGAGCUGUGCAAGCACAUGGUUUUCGUGCAGCUGCACGAAGGGGAAUAUAUCUUCCGGCCUGGACAGCUGGACAACAGCAUCUACGUCGUGCAGGACGGGAAGUUGGAAGUCUGCAUCCAGGAGAGCGAUGGCACAGAGAUGGUGGUGAAGGAAGUCUUGGCCGGAGAUAGCGUGCACAGCCUUCUCAGCAUUCUGGACGUCAUCACGGGUCAUCCUGCUCCGUAUAAAACCGUUUCUGCUCGAGCCGCGAUGCAGUCCACCAUUCUGCGUCUCCCAGCCAACGCAUUUCAAGACGUCUUCCAGAAAUACCCCGAGACUCUCGUCAGAGUCGUGCAGAUUAUCAUGGUGAGGCUGCAGAGAGUCACUUUCCUGGCUUUGCACAACUAUCUGGGACUGACCACUGAACUCUUCAGUUCUGAGAGUCAGGCCAUCCCCCUGGUCUCAGUUGCCAGCGUCACCUCCGGGGUCAACCCCAGCCGAGUGGUCAAAAGGCAGAUGUCCAACCUGUCGGAGGAGGAGCGGGCCGAGAAGCUGGAGAGACACGCCUCCCUGGAGACCACAGAUUUUGGAAAACUUCCCGGCUCAGAGCUUCUGCUUCGAAGAAGCUUAUCUCUGAACAUCCCCUUUGGAUAUACGGAUGCUGCAGGUGGAGCUAAAUCAGACUCGGAAGCCGUCAGCGAUAGGCACCGGAUUGAAAUUGAUACUUCUUCCUCGGAUACAACUGCUUAUAAGCCCAUCUCGAAGAAAACCGUGACGGUGACCGAAAUGCCUUCGGCCAUCUUCCAUUACACACAGAACGACACGCCCGUCCAGGAAUCCGGUGUCACCAAGCAGGUCAACACCAUCUUAGAAGCAGCCAAGAAAGACCUUCUGACUUUGAUGAAGCUGGACGAUCUCUCUCUCUUGAACGGGAAAGUGACCCUCCAUCAAGUCACGGCAGGGACGAUGGUGUCACGACAAGGUGACCAGGAUGUCAGCAUCCGGUUUGUGAUCUCGGGGGUCCUGCACGUCUAUCAGCGGAAGAUCGAUUCGGAGGAAGAGACCUGCCUGUUCGUGACCCACCCGGGAGAGCUGGUGGGGCAGCUCGCGGUCCUCACGGGAGAGCCGCUGAUCUUCACCAUCAAGGCCAACCGCGACUGCACCUUCUUGGCGAUCUCCAAGUCCCACUUUUACGAGAUCAUGCGUGAGCAGCCCACAGUUGUCCUGGGUGUGGCUCAUAUGGUGGUGAAGCGCAUGUCGUCCUUUGUGAGGCAAAUCGACUUCGCCCUGGAUUGGAUGGAGGUAGAAGCCGGACGUGCCGUUUACAGGCAGGGAGAUCAUUCGGACUGCACCUACAUUGUCCUGAACGGACGUCUCCGCUCGGUGAUCAGGUUGGACGACGGGAAGAAACACCUGACCGGAGAAUAUGGACGGGGGGACCUGAUUGGCGUGGUUGAAGCACUAACUCAUCAACCCAGGGCCACCACCGUGCACGCCGUUCGGGAUUCCGAGCUGGCCAAGCUUCCAGAGGGAGCGCUGAUCUCCAUCAAACGCAAGUUCCCCCAGGUCGUGACGCGACUUAUCCAUUUGCUCGGUGAGAAGAUCCUUGGAAAUCUACAACAAGGGGGGCACCAGUUGGGUCUACACACCGCCAGCAGCAAGUGGGAUGCCAGCAACCCAGCCAGUAACCUCGCCACAGUGGCCAUCAUGCCUGUCUCAGAAGAUGUGCCCCUCUCGACCUUCACCCUGGAACUCAAGCAUGCCCUCUGCGCCAUUGGUCCCACCCUUCUGCUGACCAGCGACAACAUCAAGCAGCAGCUUGGCUCCGCGGCUCUGGACAGCAUCCACGAGUAUCGGCUGUCCAACUGGUUGGGCCAGCAGGAAGACGUGCAUCGCAUUGUGCUCUACCAGUCAGACAGCAGCCUCACCCCAUGGACUCAGCGCUGUAUCCGGCAGGCCGACUGCAUCUUGAUCGUGGGCCUGGGGGAGCAGGAGCCGACCGUCGGAGAGUUGGAACGGAUGCUGGAGAACACGGCGGUCCGAGCUCAGAAACAGCUGAUCUUGCUGCAUCGCGAAGACGGAUCUCUUCCUUCCAGGACCGUGGAGUGGCUCAACAUGCGCAGCUGGUGCUCGGCCCACCUUCACCUCCGCUGCCCUCGCCGAGUCUUCUCCCGACGGAGCCUGCCCAAAUUGAAAGAAAUGUACGAACGCGUCUUCCAGAAACCAGCCGACAGACACUCCGACUUCUCCCGGCUAGCUCGUGUCUUGACUGGGAAUGCUGUUGCUUUGGUCCUCGGAGGAGGUGGCGCACGAGGGUGCUCCCAAGUUGGGGUGAUCAGAGCGCUGAACGAGGCUGGAAUCCCCAUUGACAUGAUCGGUGGCACGUCCAUCGGUUCCUUCAUGGGCGCCCUGUACGCGGAAGAGCGGAGUUACACCCAGAUGAGGAUCAAAGCUCGGCAGUGGGCCAUGAACAUGAAUUCGGUGUUCAAAACGGUUCUCGAUUUGACCUACCCCAUCACGUCCAUGUUCUCCGGAGCCUCGUUUAAUAACGGUGUCAGCGCCAUCUUCAGAGAUAAGCAGAUUGAGGAUCUCUGGAUUCCUUUCUUCAUCAUCACCACAGAUAUCACCGCCUCAGCUAUGAGGAUCCACACGGACGGUUGCCUGUGGCGUUACAUCAGGGCCAGCAUGUCUCUCUCCGGUUACUUGCCUCCUCUCUGCGACCCCAAAGACGGACAUCUCCUAAUGGACGGCGGUUAUAUCAACAACCUCCCAGCGGACGUUGCAAGAUCCAUGGGAGCCAAGAUCGUCAUCGCCAUCGACGUGGGCAGCCGAGACGAGACGGACCUCACCAAUUACGGAGACGCGCUAUCCGGCUGGUGGCUGCUGUGGAAACGGUGGAACCCCUUAGUGGAGAAAGUGAAGGUGCUGAACAUGGCCGAGAUCCAGACUCGGCUGGCCUACGUCUGUUGCGUCCGGCAGUUGGAGAUGGUCAAGAGCAGCGACUAUUGCGAAUAUAUCCGCCCGCCCAUAGAUCGCUACGGGACGCUGGACUUUGGGAAAUUCGAUGAAAUCUGUGAAGUCGGCUACCAGCACGGGAAGACGGUUUUUAAUGUUUGGUGCCGGAGCGGAGUCCUGGAGAAAAUGCUGAAGGACCGGCAGGAAGGUUGCCAGUCUAAGCCAUCGUGCUAUGUGACAUGCCCGACAACCUCUUUCACGGAUUUGGCCGAAAUCGUCUCCCGAAUUGAACCGGUGAAGGCCAUUAUAGUGGAUGACGAAUCCGACUACCAGACCGAAUACGAAGAGGAGAUCUUUGACAUCCAAAAAGAUGACUACGUCAAUUUCCUGAGUAGCCAGACGGAAGAAUAUUCCGACUCCGAUCAAGAAAUCCGGCUGCGAAAACCUACCCGCGGCGACUCCGAAGACAGCCAACUAACAGCAUAACAAGACCGACUCUUACAAACCCAUCUUGGCCCACCUAGCUUUCUCCCCCCCUCCUCGUUGCCAACUUCCUCAGCAGAGGAGCUGUGGGCGCCUCUCCACUCCCCUCCUCUUCCCAUUUCUUGGUCUGAAAACCAAGGUCCCCCCCCCAAAAAGUGAUUGGCAUCCGCUGAUGGACCGUUCCAUCUUUGCAAAACUCUCGGCGUCUGCCGAAACUUUGGACGGCGACUUCGGGAUCCGGGACUUGCGCGAACCGAGAGGGGAAGGGGGCGAAAGGAAUAUGGAACCCCUUUGGCACGAAUCUGGGUUCGAAGGACGAGGAGGGAAGCGGAGGCCGGACUCUUGGCAUUCAUUCUUCAGCCCACUCGCCGGCUUUGACCCGGGCACCGGCGUUGCCAAGGGGAACGAAAGGUUUCCCCGGGGGGAAUUUGCAGCUAGCGUAGGGGACGAGUUCUGCUCCACAGCUCAAAUGUUGGAGAUGGAAGCCAUCUGCCAAGGGGUGGGGGUGUGUGGGGAGUCGUGAUGACAACAGCAGUGACUUUCACACAAACAUCCGUUCGAACGACGCUGCUGAGGCUGCCGAACGCACUUUCUUGGGUUCCUGCAAGAGGCUGUUUUUUGUGUGUGUGUGUGUGUGUGUUUUUUUUAAAAAAACCUUCCUAAAAACUUCACCGGAAAACCUUCAACUUAUUUAUACCGGCAUCCCUUUCAGUUCAUGCUCGCCUCUCUGCCCAAAAACGAAACUGUGUUGUUAUACUGCCAAAUCUCUCUCUCUUUUUUUUUUUUCCCCUCCUCCUCCUCCUCUCCUCAGGGGUUCUUAAAAGAGAAUAAUAAUAAUAAUAAUAAAAAAAAGCUGGAAACCGCA